GAGGUUGUAGUCGGCACUGUUGUGGUCGUUGUCGGUGCAGUUGUAGUUGUUGUCGGUACGGUUGAGGUUGUUGUUGAUUCGGUUGUGGUCGUCGACGGUACAGUUGAGGUUGUAGUCGGCACUGUUGUGGUCGUUGUCGGUGCAGUUGUAGUUGUUGCCGUUUCGGUUGUAGUUGUUGUCGGUACGGUUGAGGUUGUCGUUGAUACUGUUGUGGUCGUUGUCGGCGCAGUUGUAGUUGUUGUCGGUACAGUUGAGGUCGUCGUUGGCGCCGUAGUACUGGUCGUUAGUGAAGUGGUCGUUGUCGAAACUGUUGUUGUUUUUGUGUCUUCAACUGCAUUGGAUGUUGUUGCAGCAGUUGUUGUAUUGUCCACUCCAGGUGGAGUCUGA